GAAAACGUAACAGUUCUAAUAAAGAGUGAAGACUCUUCAUUCUUUAUAUCGUGAUCAAGAUGUCUACACACAAAAAGAAGACCAGGAAGCUUCGUGGUCAUGUGAGUCAUGGUCACGGACGUAUAGGUAAACACAGAAAGCAUCCCGGUGGACGUGGUAACGCUGGUGGUUUACAUCAUCAUCGUAUUAACUUUGACAAAUACCAUCCUGGCUACUUUGGAAAGCUUGGUAUGCGAAAUUAUCAUUUAAGGCGGAACACAAAAUGGUGCCCUACCUUGAAUUUGGAUAAAUUAUGGACAUUAGUUUCUGAGCAAACCAGGCUUAAGUACAAAGAUUCAGAAAGCAAAGUUCCAGUAAUUGAUUUAGUUAAGGCAGGAUAUUACAAACUUCUGGGCAAAGGACGACUUCCUAAACAACCAGUUAUUGUUAAAGCUAAAUUUUUCAGUAAAUUGGCAGAAGAUAAAAUUAAGGCUGUUGGAGGAGUCUGUGUUCUCUCUGCUUAAGCAAGCAGGAACUGGAAUCUUCAACAGACCUGUUGUAUAUUCUAAUACAUUUACAUUCUUAAUAAAUUUUAAAAAUAA